AUGAACCCUCCCUCUACAAAGGUCCCCUGGGCCGCCGUGACGCUGCUGCUGCUGCUGGUGCUGCCGCCCGCGCUGCUGUCGCCCGGGGCGGCCGCGCAGCCCCUGCCGGACUGCUGCCGCCAGAAGACGUGCUCCUGCCGCCUCUACGAGCUGCUGCACGGCGCAGGCAACCACGCGGCCGGCAUCCUCACCCUGGGCAAGCGGCGGCCCGGGCCCCCCGGCCUCCAGGGCCGGCUGCAGCGCCUCCUGCAGGCCAGCGGCAACCAUGCGGCCGGCAUCCUGACUAUGGGCCGCCGCGCAGGCGCGGAGCCAGCGCCGCGCCCCUGCCCCGGGCGCCGAUGUCCCGCGGCCGCUGCCGCCCCGUCUGCAGCGCCUGGAGGGCGGUCCGGAGUCUGA